CCUUUUGACCAAUCCACACACACCCCAAACAGACCCUUAACAUUCUUCUCAAAUCAAAUAAUUCGUACACAUUUUCAUCAAAUCGUACCAAUAUAAAAACCCAUUCAGUGCGAGAUAUAUCAAGAAAUAAAGAUUCUUAGUUUAUGAAGCAGUACUAAAAAUGUCCACAAACAUACCCAUCGCCGAUCCCUGGCCAUUUUCUAUCAACACUUACUAAAUAAUACUUACCCCCUCUCUCUCUCUCCUCUUACAUCAGUUUCUCUCUUUUCAUCUCCAAUAUUAUGGCAAAGAUCCAAGGAUUCAGGCUCAAACACCGCGUCGCUACAUUCUUCAGGACCCGGUCAACUUCAUGUAACCAUCGCUCCGACCGGCCGACCGGACGAAAAAGUUCCUUAUCGCGACUGUUUCAUUGCCUAAAGAAAAAAACAAUGUCUUUGUGUUUUUCUUCCAAACCUAGUAUCUCUCAAAAACGGGGAUAUGUUCCGUUGAACGGUGAUGAUAAGUUGCCUGCGGUUCCUAAAGGGCAUAUGGUUGUGUACGUUGGGCAAAAUGAAGGGUGUGAUUUUCAUCGGUUUAUGAUUCCGGUGAUGUACUUUAAUCAUCCAUUGUUCGGGAAAUUGUUGAGUGAAGCGGAGGAGGAAUUUGGGUUUAAUCAUCCCGGUGGAAUAACGAUUCCUUGUAGGGUUUCUGAUUUUGAAAGCGUUCAAAAUCGGAUUGCCGCCGCCGGAUGUAAUGGUGGUGGCCGGAAGUUUCUGAAAUGGACAAAGGGUUUGUGAUGUUUUACAUGUUGACUUUAUUGUAGCAUGUUGAUGAUGACGAAAAAUAUAUUUAUUUAUAUAUAAUUAGAUAUAGUUUA